ACCUCUCUCUCUCCGCUCUGAAGCCAGACUGACUGCAUAAAUCGACUGCGCACCGCAGACGCCUCGAAACGCUCAACUUCUGCAGAGAUCUAUCAGCUAAACGUUCAGCUGUCAUCUAAAGUCUGAACGUGACAGCAGACGUCACCGAGAAAGUGUUUCUCAAUACUAGUUGUUCCGCGAAAGAAGAAACUCACAAGUGCGUUGAACAUUACCAACCUCUUCCGUCUCCCGCAGCACUGGACUCUUUUACACGGAUAAACGAUGACUUACCGCGUGCAUAUCCCGCGAAAAACACACGAGACUUUCGUAACCACGUUCGCACGGUACGUAUAUUUAUCGUAAGAUGCAUGUUUGCGUUUUAAUCGCCCAGUAUAUUCUUGGAUUUUUCAUCUGGGAACAGAAAGUGGGCGUUUUUCUACGUUGAAGCAUUGGAGGAUUUAUUCGAGUACUGCAACUUGCAGUUUCAAGUGAGGUUGCAUGCGGCAAGUUCACGGAGGUGUCAGCUUUUUAAACAAGACGAUUUACAUGUACAUUCAUUUAAAUACCGAUUAUAUCAGCGCACACGAAGCUUGAUCAUGAUCGUGGCACAAAUCCGCGGUUGAUGAAGACGACGGUGACGACGAAGAUGCGCCUGGAUUAGGUUGAAAAAAAUCAUACUACGGUAAUUAAGUUAAAACACGUAGAUAUGGCACAAGAGAGAGUCUACGACAGCCGCAAUAUAGUGGUUAAGUAUAUCCAUCAUAAGCUAUGGAAGACGGGAUACGUGUGGGAAGUGAAUGGACAUGAUGAUAGUGUUUCUAAUGGACUGAUGAUGGGGAUACAACAGGACAGCGUCGUUCCUCCCGGCCCCGGUCACGACCCGUACACAGCUCUCCAUAAGGUGCUACGGGACGCCGGGGAUGAACUGGAGCGGUUAUAUCAGUCGGACUUUGCGGAGAUGUCCAAGCAGCUGCAUCUCACGUCCAUCACGGCGCACCAGCGCUUUACCGCAGUCAUAGACGAGUUGUUCAGGGACGGGGUGAACUGGGGCAGAAUUCUCGCUUUUUUCGAAUUUGGAGGCACCGUUUGCGUCGAGUGCGUGAAUAAGGAGAUGACGGCGCAGGUGGAUAACAUCGCGGGCUGGAUGACGGAGUACCUGAACGGACCGCUCCACGGCUGGAUCCAAGAGAACGGCGGCUGGGAGGCAUUUGUGGAGCUAUAUGGCCGACAGAGGGACUCUAUGUUCCGCAGUUCCUGGUCAUCAAUAGUGACGGUCUUCGGUCUGGCUGCUCUCGGGGCCGUUGGCUUGACCAUAGGGGCCUACCUUGCACAGAAAUGAGGACGGUUUUCUUUCCUUAAUCACUUGCCCUGUGUCUCCAUCCAGCCAACUCUAUCCUCACUGUCUCAACCCUCUCCUGCAUCCCAGAAGACGUCCGUGUCCCAGGAUUGCUCCUCUUUAAAGCUUCUCUCCUGCACUCACAGUCUUUCUUCUCUGUUCUCAAACAGAAUGACAGAAAAAGCACACAUUCAAUGUUCUGCCUUUGAAGGGCAUAGAAGAAGAACAAUAAGGUGAAAGUGACACGGACAACAGAAUCAUUAGUUCAGAUCUCAGUCUGACAGGCAACAAAUUUGUGUAGCACAUAUAAGGCAUUGGUGUGCUUGUAUAUUUAUAAAGAGGACUAAAAACAAUGAAAUAAAAAACAGUAGAAGGUUUUAAAGAAGUUCCUGGAGAUGGAAUCCGAACAUCCCAAUAUGCCCUUAUACUCAGGUCAUCUGUCAAACAACAAAUGGCUUUCUAUGAGAAAAUAUUUACAAAUAAGAAAUGACACUCUUGAGCUUUAAGGGACUGUGAUAAGGAUGAGACGGAGAAGAUAAAAUAUACAGCAUGUGUUGUUGUAUAUGUGUAACCCUUUUAUUGAAGAAGAGGUAAAACUUCAGAGGUGAAGAUGACAGACUUGUCUGUAUCAUCAUAAAAGCAUCAAAGUCAACAUGCGGCUUAUAAACCAAUUGUAUAGAAACCAAUUAAUGACAAUCAGUGAUCAUUGGUGGGUGAUGUCCACUUGGUGAAUCCUACUUUAAACGUUACAAAGCAACAACAUAAACACACAUUACUGCGCAUGUGCGCGUUUGUGGACGGAUCUUAACUUCCGCUACACAUCCACAAACAAUAGUGCCUGUAGAUCUUUUCUGAUAACAAACAAAAGAAACCGAGAAGAACCGUUACUUGGAUAAACUUGUCUUUCCAAUAUUUUGAAUUGAGACUGCGAGACCAAGCUCAAUGGCUAGAUGUCAAUAUCCCAUACGUUUCCAUUAAAUGCGACAAAGUUACACGACCCCUUCAACAAAUUGUUUAUUUAAUACAAUUAACUUUCAACAAUAUCAAACAAAUCAUUCAUUUAUAACAAUUAUUAUAUAAUAAAAGAAUAUAAAUGAAUAGUACUGUAAAUAAAUCGAAAUAGUUUUUUUAUUAGACACUAGCCAGACCUAUAAACAAACACAGACCGGAAGUUAUCUUCCAACCAGGCACAUGCGUCCGAUGUAACAGUUUAAAAGGUUUCCAAGAUUCCUCUUAUAAAAUUGUUUUAGCUUAGCAGAUUUCAAACAUAGCUUUCUUCAAGAUGAAUGUCAUGCCAAACAUGUAGGUUUACUCAACUACACCCUUCUCUAGUGUUUAUAUGAGACCCAAAAUAGAGUAAAUCUCAUAAACCCUGUCCUGGUCACAUUUCAGGUAGUAUCAAUUAUAAAGAAAAAAGUAUAUUUUGUCAGAAGAAAAUUAUUAGAUUUUAGAAUGUUUUGUGAUGUCGUUUUUUCUACAUUUGUCUCAAUAUAGUAAGACAAAAAAUAUAUAUUUAUAUUUUUGUGUGAAAUGUGAGCAGAACAUGUCUUCAUGAGAUUUUUCUAGCUGUCCAUGUAUAAGAUCUGACUCUUUUAUUAACUAUUACUAUAUUAUUUAUAAAGCAUCCUGUUUAGGUUCCGGUAUAAACAAAACCAUGCUGUGUUUCUUGGAUUGGGUGUUUACAGUUUUCCCCCGAUGUCUUUUAUUGAAACAAUAUUCAUAAACCAAAUCCUGACACAUGUUUUAAGGAUUAGACGAGUGCAAAACCUACAGUAUGAGCAACUGUAUACAGCGUGUGCUAUGGAACCAGCUUUGGUGCUUUCGCAUUGGUUGCUUUCGGGUUCACGGGAACCCAAAAUUAAACUUGGACAAAUUACAACAACUACUUUCCUAGAAGGUGGCAGUUCCUAAAUGUUUGCUUGGACUGAUGUAGCAAUGGUUCUCCUUUACAGACUGUCAUUGUAUAGGGUGCUAACAAACAUUUGAAAAUGGUAUCUGCUUUGACUUUCAGUAGGUAAUCAAUGUUCCUUAUAAUCCUUACUGGAUACCUUUAUGGAUAUAUGCUCCUUUUAUCACAUGAUAUCUAAAAUCUACAGUAUUUAGUGGUUGAUCAACCAUGUCCAGCAAAACGGAUAAACCUGCUUGUUGUAGGCUACAUGUAACACGUGAACUGCCAUGUUUGUAUGUAUUUGCAUGGUCAACAAACAACAAUAGCUGUCACAAAAGAAGCAUUAUAUAAAACAAGUUUGCUUCUGAGGUUAACAGUGUGUGUGUGGUCACAGUAGUGUCAUAAAUCAAUGCUUUUUGUCUUUAGUUUACAUAGCAAUGACUUUCUCUAACACACUAAACAGGCUAAAUUUUCUCAUAUGUAUUUAAUACAGAUAGCUAUUUCAGUUUUAUGAUCUUUAUUUAUUUUAGGUACCAUAAAUCAUUAAACUAUACUUUUAUAAUAUCAUUAAUUAUUUUUAUUUGAAUGUUUUUAAAUUCUUUAAAGGAUUUGGAGCAAUAUAAGAUCGUAAUUUGCUGAAUUACUGCUGCUUAAAGAUAUAAAGAUUAUACGUUCUAUUAAUCGUAUUUGUCUCCUAGAUGUGUGGUGAUAUAAUGAAUGUUAAUGCUUCAUCUAGUCAAUUCCACUGUUAAUAUAGUACGACAGACCACAUUUAGAAUAUUCCCAUAAUUCAUCAUAGAACAAUAUUCACAACUUCUGUGUUAUAUUUCAGAAACAAUAUCAAGAAACUAGAAGGGCAGGACAAGAUUUAAUCCGUUAGCAAAUUACUGGAUUGUUAAAAAUGGGCGUUUUAUACCAGAAUCGUAUGAGACAAACCUGAAUACAAGUUUGCACUGGAUUAUGAAGGACUAAAUCCCUUCCUGAAACACUGUCUGUACUUUUAAGUAGACCUUUUGUCCAGGACGUGGAGGCUGAAUGUCAAGUUCACCUUCAAGAGCCUCUCAAUGGAUCCUUGUGCACAAUAAAACCAGGAACGUGUAUUAAGACAUUUAA